UUUACUUGCUGCGUUUCUUGAGAAGUUAUUUAGAAAAGAGGAAUAUCUAACCAGGAGGACUGAAUUUUUACAGAAUGAAGGAGAGAUGCUGUGAAAGGACAGAAAUGUUUAUAUGGAAUGAGUUAUUUCAAUAUGUGUUAAGUUAUACGUCACAUUGUGUUGAAUUGUGCGUCGAUAUAGGCCAGAACUUAGAGUGUACUUCGAGUUAUGCGUCUAGUAAGGCACAAUACAAAAACAUUCAAUUUUCGCGUAUUCUGACACUGACAGAAUGAGACAAGGACGCGGCGGUCAACGAAACAAGAAAUGCUGUAGAGGUCGUGGUGUGCCACCAAUCACGCUGCCAGCCACACUGGAGGACCCUGCUGCCACCUGGAAGGGUCCGCCACAAGGCUCGGAGCCCCAAAACUUUGCACCCAACUCAGGACAAAAUUUCUCUGGGCCGCCGGCGGGCUUCCAGGGGCCAUCCUUCCAGGGCCCGCCGGCGGGGGCCGGUUCUCCAGCUGGAGCACCUCCUUACUCUGGGCCUCCUCCAGGAUCAGGAACACCUCAAUAUACAGCCUCUCCCGCACCCUCAGGCUCAUCUACGCCGGGACCUGGCCCUCCUCAGUCUGUUGGAAAUGCGGGCUUCCCUCCGCCUCCUAAUAAUGGGCCGCCAUACAAUGGACCAGGGCCAGGGCCUUUUGGUUCUCCAUCAUCUGGCGGACCUCAGUUUGUUGGUCGUCCUGGCUCUUCAGGGCCUCCUUUUGUACCUCCGGGAGGUGGUAAUCCUCAUUUUGCAUCUCCUGGACAACCAUUUGGUGGCCCUCAGUUUGGCAUUCCUCCGGGUUCUCCUUAUGGUCACGGACCAAGUCAUCCCAUUCCGGGACCGAUUCCUGCUCAUGGCAUGAUGCCUGGUCAGAUACCAGGACCCACUCCAGUGGACAGGAUAGACCAAGGAUGUCUUCCUGUUCCCAGGCGUCAUGCGCCGUACUUUGGCCAGCCCGACUAUCGUAUGUACGAGCUUAACAAGAGGCUACAGCAAAGAACAGAGGAGAGUGACAAUCUUUGGUGGGAUGCCUUUGCAACAGAAUUCUUCGAGGAUGAAGCAACGCUUACUCUCACAUUCUGUUUAGAGGAUGGGCCCAAAAGAUACACGAUAGGUAGGACACUCAUCCCACGCUACUUCCGAAGUAUUUUUGAAGGUGGCGUGACGGAUCUCUACUAUAACCUGAAACAUCCCAAGGAAUCCUUCCACACCACGAGUGUUACAAUGGACUGUGAUCAGUGCACAAUGGUGACGCAUCAUGGCAAGCCAAUGUUCACUAAGGUGUGUACUGAGGGUCGGUUGAUCCUUGAGUGCACGUUCGAUGACCUUUCACGGAUAAAGUCGUGGCACUUUGCUGUGCGAUCGCAUCGGGAAUUGGUUCCUCGUUCGGUGUUUAGUAUGCACACCCAACAAGACCCCAGCAUGCUGGAUCAACUUGCUAAGAACAUUACCAGGCAUGGAAUCACCAACUCCACCCUCAACUACCUCAGGCUGUGUGUCAUUCUGGAGCCAAUGCAAGAGCUGAUGUCCCGCCAUAAAGCAUAUGCACUCAGCCCUCGUGACUGUCUCAAAACAACGCUGUUCCAGAAGUGGCAGAGGAUGGUUGCCCCGCCGGGUAAGAGAGAAUCACAGCGACCUGCCAACAAGCGGCGGAAACGGAAAGGCUCUCAGUCGGGUGGAGCCGCAAACAACGCCCCUCCUGCACCUAGCAAGAAGAGGUCUCCUGGACCGAACUUUUCCUUGGCAUCACAAGAUGUGAUGGUGGUAGGUGAACCGUCGCUAAUGGGAGGCGAGUUUGGAGACGAGGAUGAACGGCUCAUCACAAGGCUGGAGAACACCCAGUAUGAUGCUGCCAAUUCAUUGGACCAUGACAACCAUGGCUUCUCAGAUUCACCUAUGACAGGUGGCCCCAACUCUUGGGGGGGUGGAGGGCCAGUGGGGGGGCCCAGUGUGGGGGGGCCAGUUGGAGACCGGGGUCCUGGGGGGGUAGGUGGACCACCCCAAGGCAACACACCCUCCAGCCAGGACUCAGACAAGAAAUCCCCGGCAGUGAGCCAGUGAUAGAUACAGUCCACUGUAUGUACCAUUUCAUUGAUAAUAGGUCACAUCAGUAUUUGGUGCCAGUGAGUGAGCUAACAAGUAAGAGUGUGCGUGUACAUGUGUAGUGUUGUGAGGACGCCUCUGUGACUCAAACCACCAGUUUUUACCUUACGAAAACACUGUACAAAGUGCAAAUGAAGAAUUGAAGGGAGAAACUUCUUUCUUCCCUCCCCUCCCCCCUUGAUACUUAGUAUGGUAGGGUGGCCUACACAUAAGUUCAUUCAAUUUAGAAACUGUCAUAUUAAUGAAAAUUUUUCCAUAUAAACAUUUGGUAUGAGUAUAUCCUCACAGGUAUUGUUUAUGGGGAAAGCCAGCACAAUUGUAUGACAUGCAGUUAUGUCUUGUUUAUAAUCUGAAUACCUGGUGGCCAAAGCAACUGUGGUACAUUCCUUAAUGAGAUGUAAGCUACAAAACUGAAAGCACUGCCAGUUAGCACCAUGAGAAUGUUACUUCAUAGUUGUUUAUGUGCCAUCAGUGUGAUGACUGGAUAAUCAUGAUAAUGGCUUUUGUCAUGGCAGGUAGUAAGCAGAACAGCAGGUUCAUAAAUCCAUGACAUUUACUGUGUAGAAGUUCCUUGAGCUGUAAAAUAUUGUAUUAAGACUCUCAAAGUGUUCUUUGCCAUAUGGAAAAAUAUUCUUGCGUUCUCUGAAAACUCCAGAUGUUACUCCAUGUAAUUAUACUGUUCUAGAUCAUGCCUAAAAAAUGGCUGACUCUUUUGAGUACAAUGAUGAACCUUUUGGUUCUAUAAAAGGCAGAGUAUUGACUGCCUGAGUGAAUAUUAGCAUCUCAAGGACGCUCCAUGGAGUUAGUUUUCUGGGUUAUGUUUUCUUCUUUUUCCCCCCGUCAUUCAGCUACUUGGGACUCUGUUAAAUGUAGUUUUUCAUUUUUCACAUUGUGUGAUACUUGUGUCUUGUGACCACCUGUCUAUUCCGAAUCUUAUCUUGAAUCUCCUAGCAUUCUUAAAAGUAACAGUUUUAGAAGGUAGAAAUUAAAUCAGAUGACAUGAUAUUCUCAUGUAUUGUACUGUAUGUAAUCUUGCCCCUUUGAGUCAGAUCUUGCCAUUAUGCUCGUAUAUUUAUAAAGAGACGAAGGUUUGUAUUUUUCAUUGAUGGAAGUAUGUCUCGCGUGUCCAUAUUAAGAAACAUUCCGAAAUUGUGAAGCGCAGACAAUUGUGUUAAAUUACCUUGGUGGAAUAUGUUACAAAAUAAGGUGCUAGUUCUCUCAUGUUGUGUUGUGUUAUAUUUGUACAUGAUUCACUCAUCCAUAUUUUUGAGUCUCUGUAAUCUCCUCCAUUGAACUUGAGUAUCCUUGCACUUCACAGUCUUUUAUAUUGAAAAGUUCAGGCACACAUGAAAUUCUGGAAAAAUCUUUUAUGCUUCCAUGUCAUAGCAGUUGAUGAAUGUUGCCUCCAUUCAGACAUUUCUAUUUGUUUAAUUUAGUGUUACUGUCUGUAUUGCUUCACAUGAAACUUUUUUAUUUUCAACGAUGUACUCGUAGUUUUAAUAACUUUUUUCCCCCCAUUUAAAUCAUAUAAGUCAUAAUUUUACUGUACAACUUAUUUAUUUAGAACAUGGAAUUUAAUUGUGUUAAAUUAAAAGAUGGAAACAUAUUUUAUUGCCCAGAAUCAGGUAACUUUGUGACUUUCAGGUCUGUGAUAGUGUAGAACCUUUUCCAUGAUAAGAUAAAUUAUUUAAUACAGAUCUUAAUUGUAUACUUUAAAUGAGUUUUAUUGAUGAAUACAAAAUAUUUAAAGUAAAGAUUACAUGAUUAAAUACACAGUAUAUUUUAUUGUACUUUUUUAAAUAAUUAGGCUCAAUGUCAGUGUCCUUUUGAAACAUGUUAUAUUCAUUUGUUCUUAUUUAAAUUUUUGCACCCAUUACCCAUGAAGUGAAGUUGAUCUGUAACAUUUUGACAUUUUGCAUGAUACAACACUACAGAGAUCUAGGCAUUCUAUGCCAAAUUUUGCACACAAGCAACUUCGGCAUCUUUAGUGGUGACAUUUUUGUUUCUGUCAUCUCUUGAGGUGGGUUCAACCUUAUUGUCAUUUGGAUCUUUCCUCUUACUGACAGAAGAAGGAUAAAUUGUGUUCGCUUGAAAAUGAGCAAGCCAGUUUCACAAAGCUGUGACACUGUUGUUUGUUGGAAUGCAUCAUGGUAAACCACAUUUAAUAUCCCAUUGAAGUGAUACUUAUCAGCUUUCCCUCCAGCAUUUUCAUUCACCUAUUCUCGAUCCUUCCUUCAGAGGUCUGUAGACACAACAUCCAGUGGCUGCAGAUGAGUAGUAUGAGUCAGAAAUGUCACGAGAUGGAUGCCACUGAGGUUUUAGGGGGUGGUGUGACCAGCAUAUGAGUACAUGGACAGAAUUAGAUGUUGUGAAAGGAUAUGCACUCGAUGAAGUGCUGAAACCACUUUAAAAGUUUGGAGAUUGGUGCAUUAGUGAAGGCAUGGGAUUCUUGGCCAUUCAUUUAUUCUUAUACAUUUGAUGAUUGUAGGUGGAAUUCUCAUUCCUGAUGCAGUAAUAGAAUUCAGCAAAGUUGUAGUGACCUCACUUUCUUUCUGUUUGGCUGAAAAUUUCUUUAGAUGUCAAGGUGUAAGUGAGACAGUUUAAUUGCAAUCUGCUGGUUUGUCUUUUAAAUCUUAUUGUACUAUCAACUUCUCUGCCGUGUUGUAAAUUUGAGUAGAGUUCUGUUUACUAUUGAAGCUUGGUAGAUGGAAUUGCUGGUGUCCUUAGUGACAAUUUUUAUUGUUCCUUCAACUUGUUCCAUCAACACCAACCAGCCAUUUGGCUCUUCCAGUUAAACAAAUAAUUUAUACUUGUAGCUUCUUUCAGAUUAAGAAUAAAUAUAUUUAGGCCAGUCAACACAAACAAUAUUUUCAAAUUAAUAUUACAGCGAUACCAGUCGUCAGAUGCCGGUUUUACAAUGUGGCAAUCUUUCCAAUUUUUAUUCUUUCAUAUGUAGGCAUUUUUCACUACUCUGUUUGUCUUUGUAUUAUUAUAGUAUUUACAUAACCAGUCAAAAUAUACUUUUAUGUUAAAAUUUAAAAUUAAAGAACAUUGUUUGCAUGCACCGCUAUUGUCUAAAUUAUUAAAAAUACUGUGUGCAUUGCGAAUUUUCACAAGAUAUUUGAAAAAAUACUUAUCAUCUAUAUUGUUUUUGUUUGAUACUGAUUGUCAGUCACACUUAUACUUAAUUGCUCUUAUAAUAUGUUAUCUAUCUUGUAUAUUAGUUUUCUGUUUCUUCAUGUUAUAUUCUUUAGUUGAUCAUAACAUUCAAUGGAAACUGAAUAACUUUUGUACAACUGAUAAAUUUAUUUGCUACUUGUUUCUUUCAUUUUCCUGUAAUGUAUGUUCCUUGGAUUGUAUUUUUAUCUACCUUUUUUUUGAUAUAAUUUUUGUAAAAUAUUGAUGUGUGGUCAUGUUGAAUCUGUGUACUGACUAUAGUAAUGUUAUGACCAGCUCCCUAUGGAUUUUAAGUGUAUGUGCUGCCCUCUAUCUUAUUUUUAUGAUUGUAAACAAUAUCAGAUGUGAGGUUUAGUUAUAAUUCAUACUUUUUAUUGAUCUGCACGCUGAAGCUCAUUUCAUAAAUAUAAUAUUUUCCCACAUAAUUCAAAAGCUUAUCUAUCCUAGUCCAUAGUAUCAAUUGUUCCAUAUGUCACCUGUAUCUAGCACGUGUGCAUAUCCUGAAUUCUGUUUAUUUGCUUUUGAGGCUUGUUAAUGUUCUUUAAAUUCAUUGUAUAAGGUUCUACCUGUUUGCCCAGCAUAUUCCAUUGGGCAGCUGCGACAUUAUACUUCAUGUAGUCCACUUCAACAAUAUGAAUGUUACUUGCUUCUUAUGCAAAAGAAGUUUUAUUUUAUUUGUUCUGAAAGCUAUAUUUCAUUAUGUUUUUUGAAACAGUUUUGUGGUCAUUCUAGUUUCUUUCUCCGUGUACAUAAACAUAACCCACUUUUUCCAUCUUUCUUCUUUACUUCACUCUUUCUCUGUCCUUUCUUUGCCAUUGGUUGAUUGAUUGUCUUGCAGUCACAGAUUUUUUUAAAGAAAUUAUUGCAGUUUACUUGUGAUGCAGCAGUGGGUUCAGUUAGUACCAAUCACUGAAUGAGAAGAUCCCUCUCCUUGUAGAAAAUUUGAACAUUUAGCUUCUGUCAGGUUACUUGCAUGUUUUUCCUUCUUUACUUAAUCUUGUUUCUUAGUUGUUUGGUACAUUUUCAGGACAUUGUAGCCAGAAAAUGUGGUCUUCUAUUAACUAUUCUAAUGUAAAUUUGCUAUCUUCUCUUAUUGAAGUGACAUUCACAUAGUAUUUAUACUUGUUGAUCACAUGACUUAAAAAUGGAGGAACACAGCUGUAAUUUGUGCAUGUUUCAUUAAAUAAAGGCGAUGUUUAUCCAGAACUUUCAUUCCAAGCUAGUGAAGUGGGAAUAGCCAUUUGCUUUGAUUAUUGUUUCUAUUCUUUUAAGUUAUCAAGACUGUGUCUGAACUAUGUUUACUGUACAUAUUUUGGAAUUGGACUUACUCCCAUCAUCAUGCAAUUGUUUUUAAUUAUCUGUUCGAUUUUUAUUCAUUCUUUGCAUAAAGUGGAGGUCAUGUCUGCAUACUAUUUAAUAUGUUUGGUGGAAUUGUUAUGGGGAGGGUGUCUAAAUUGAAGUUAGCAGACAAAUUUUAAGUCCUGCCUUACACUAAGCUCAUACAGAACCUUGUGGUUGUUAAAAGAUUGGUCUUAUUUUGCUCUGCAGCAUUCUUUAUUGGCUAUGCAACAGUAGAUUUGAAUUUUCAAUAAGAAUGCUAUGGGAAUUCUUUUAAUGUAGUUGUGUACAGUAUUAGCAAAUAGUGGAUUAAGCCUCAAAAUCAGUCAAUGAAUUUUCACUGUAUGUCUGGUGCGGUAAGAAUAAACAGAAUCAUGGUGUAUAUAACACAACCUCAACACAUUCAAUGCUAGGCAUUUAAAAGCAGGCCAUAAUUAAAGGCUAGAUUGUAAACAGUGGUAUGCUAAGUUAUACGUUGAUAGUAUUAAACCAUAUCUGAUAAAUGGAAAACUUCAGUUUUAGCAUUGAAUGUGUUACAGUAAUUGAAUGUCAUGUGAAAUUGUGCUGGUUCUUCCUGAAGAAAAUAAAUUUGAAUGUAAAGGUAGUUUCCCUUUUCAAACAUUGCAUUUGUUUCUAAAAUGUAGGAUGUACGAUUCUUUCAUAACUAUAACAUGGUCGGUACAAAUGUCAAUAUUUGAAAAGUGGAAUUACAUUUUAUGCAUGAGAUGGACAUGGCCUAUCCAUGUUCAGCACAUUUGUGUCUGUAUUCUUCAAAUGCAGUUCAUUGUGUCUUAUCAGCAUUCCAAAUGAUAUUAAGCACAGAGUAGUGAAACAAUUUAUUCUUCUUUGCUAAAUUUGUCUUCCUGAGAUCCACUGGAAUUUCAGCGAUGUAUUCCAGUUUUAACAUAGGGGGUAUGGCUGAUAUAGCCUCACUUUGAGAUAUGCAGUUGUUUUAAAUUCGUAGUCAAAUGAGAAAUUUUAUUUCACUUGCAAAACUUGACUUUUGCAUCUUAUAUGAAAUAUUACAACAGUUUAAUAGAAAAUAAUAGUACUGAAUUUUUAACUGAAAUCGCAUUUAUUUUUAAUUCUCCCACGCUGCAAAAGUGAUGAUGUAACAGUGUUUAAGGCAAAGAAAUGUGGAACUUUUUACAAGAAUAAGAACCCAAAAAUUCCAACAUGGAAGGUUAUUUACGAACCAGCUUGUGUUAAGAAAUUGUGAAUUAGUACUUUAUUUUGUGUAUAAGUUUAUACAAUAUUUAUUUUGCCAUAGUUGUAUGCACUUCAGGGCUCAGAAUUUUCUAUCUGUAAAAUGUUUUGAAUUAGAAGAAAAUUUUCAGAAGGAUUUAUGAGUUGAGUGUGUGUAGUUGAGCAAAUGACAUUAUGAAUUGUUGCAUUUCAUUCUCUCUAUUUGACUGAGGUUUUUUCCCGUUUAGUUUGGGUAAGUCCUCGGAUGAAACCAAAAAUUGUAUGCAUCCACCUCGAAGGCCUGUAGCCAAGUUGUUCAUAUUCAUCCUGGUAUCUGGUCUUCUGACUUUUAUCACCUCUGCAUUUGACUUAUCAUUUCUUGUUUUGGCCCGGGCCAAUCAUAAAUACUGUGUGGCCAAGUAUAUAGUAUCCCUAAAUCCUUUUUAUCUCGGUAUGAAAUUCUGAAAAAUGUUCUGUUUAGAAGUAUCCACAAAAAGGCAUCUGGAGAAGAAAAAUAAUAAAGACAUUCAGUUCAUCUGUAAGUUAUAUGCCCGGGAAAGAUUGUUGCAGCAUGUCCAAAAUUUGCGUGGCUGUAUGGUUUAUAGCACUAUCUUAGAUUUGAUGUUAUCACGGUAGUGAGUAUGAAGAUGACUGUCUUCUUUGUUGUUGCGCUGUGUAGUCUGGUAGAAGUUGACUGACAUUUCAGAGGUGCUUACUGCCUCCAUCAUCAGGACCUGAUAAUGGAGACAGCAAGCACCUCUGAAACAUCGAUAAACUUCUACCAGACUACAUUGCCCGACAAUCCAACAAUCUUCAUAGAACCAUCUUGUUGAAAUUAUUUAUAUCCUGAAGAAGUUUCUAGUACAACAGUAGAGGUGGUUGAACUGUCUGAUUCAGAGGGAAACACAGAAGUUAAUGCAGUCAACGAACGCACUGGCUCAGGAAGAAAAAUUGUAAGAUAGUGGCAGAUUAUUUGACAAUUGAAAAACUUUAAAAGAAACUCCUUAUGAUGAUCAUAAAAUUCUUGUGGGCUCCCCUGUCUGAAGUCACUGAGAUGUAUAUGGUUUGUGAUCCCAUAUUCCACAGCAACCUGUAUUGUGUUUUUUAACGUCAAUAUUGUAUGCUCAGUGAUGGUGGUUUACGUCACUCAAGUUCAUAUGCUUCUGUAACCCUUGCAACUUGAUCCCUUGUUGCAGCCUUUCAAUAUGAAUGGAAGAAAUGUUCCAUAUAACAACUUUUUCAGACACAUUUGCAUCCAGGUGGCUACAAAGAAACUAGCAAUGCACAUCCCUUCUCAUGUUCACUCACAGAGUUGCUUUCAUCUCUGUACUGGGCCAUGUUGUAUUUCCUUCAUUCUCUUCAAGUUUUGUGAUGAAUUCUAUAAUUUAGUUGUUAAAAUCAUGUUUAUUAUUUAAAAAUUGAGAACUGUGUGUAUUUUCUGUCAACUGAUUGGUUUAUCAUUUAUUUCAUCUGGUCACAGUGACAAGUUGCUAGUUAUUAAUGUAUUCAGUGUUGUGGAUAUUUAAAUGAAGUUAAUCUGGUUCAUGAAGACCUAAAGCAUGUUUUUUGAUGUAGGGAACAGACCAAGUACAGUCUUCGAGGAGUUUGUUUUCAGAACAAACCAAAAACCUGUUUUUCCUUAUUUAAAUCAGUGUGGGCAUAGGUCAUGAAUUCUUCAGUGUAACACAUUUAAAACAGAGGAUGUCAAAAACUUUCACCUUGUUCAUGUCAGUGACUGACCAAUAAUGAGGUAGUUAAUACAUGGGUUUGCUAGUGGAUUCCCCACUGCACCGCUCUUUUAGUGCAUGUGAAGCUCUGACCACAUUAUUUAAAAUAGAUACGGGAAUGGCAGGUGACUUAUGGCAGCAUAAUGAUGUCAAAGAAGGAUAGAGUCAGCAAUGUAAACAUACAGUGUAAGAAACUGAAGGGUCUGAGAAUGACAAACUUAGAGUCACUGAAUGGUUUCAUGGUUCGGUGGGGUAAAAAAUUUUAAUUUAAAUGUUAGUUCCAUGAAUGCAUUUCGGACAAAUUAGGUGUAGUUGCCUUUGUUAGAAUAGUUUUGUUAGCACAUUCAUAGGUUGUUGAACAAUUCUGUAUCACCUGCUGUGUUUAUUCAGUAUCCAGUGAGGUGAGAUGAUUCUGUGAUGAAGCUUUAGGCUUUGCAUAACACAGGCAUUUAGUCACUUGCUUCUUGUUGCAGAAGCCCUGAUUUAUUUCCAGGGCAGUCCACGUGAGAUUUAUUUUGAACGGUUAUGCACUGGGACAGGUUUUGUCCUUUGACUCUUCCCAUUUAUCAUCAUACCACCAUGUAUUAUCUGGGGAGAGAUGGACAGUGGGCGCAUUAGCAGGUGCAGUUUUGCAGGGACAUGGUCUCACCCCAUUGCAAUAAUAAUAAUGAUGCAGCUCUAAUAAGAUUUCAUUUGUUGGCUAUAAAUAUUGGCAUCUCUAUUGACCGACAUGUGUUCCUUUUGUUCCAUUUAACUGUGCAACAUCCCUUUUCCUUCUCAUUAAAAUGUCUUUUGCGUGAUUCACGACAAAUGCCCUUGUUUGUGACGUGUGUAACACUUAAUGAUAUGUAUAAAUUUUAUAUAAUGACAUUACAUAUUAUGAGGGGCCCACUUGAAUAUGUAAUUUAAAAUGUAGAAAUCCUGUUAUUAUUAUACAGGAUUUCUGAGUAGAGGGUAGAACUUCCUUUUUUGCAUACCUUGCUGUAUAUAAUGAAUGUUAUAUAUAAAUUAGAACAUAAAUAUUACUUAUUACAUUCCAUGAUUCAGUAUCAAUUAAAAAUGAUAAAUUGUGUGGAAGGAUGUAUCAUAUGGGUCCCACUGUUAUUUCAAAAGUGCUUCUGUGAUUAAAUAAAACUCUCUAGGUCAUUUGUUAAGCAACUGUAGCUUUCUUAAAUGUGAUCUUCCAGAGAUUUUUAUCUGUUGUUUCCUUUGCCUGUCUUUCAAUAUUUUAAGCGUUUCAGUUUUUAUGAUUUUUUUUAAAUAUUCGGUUGACAGGCUAGUGCAGCAGUAUGUCUUUGGUUCAUAUUAGGAAGUUAUGUCAUAUACAAUAGAAUUAAUGUAUUGUUUCAGAGGGGAAGUACUGUAGAAUGUGCUGGCUUUCUCAUAAAAUAAUUCAGUUUUGCAAUCAAAAUCCAGUUAUUGACUAAACUGUCUGUGUUACCAUGAAUAGAACAAUCAAUAAUGGGUUUAAAACCACAUAAAGCAAUACUUUAGUUUCUGUUUCAUUGCAUUCACUCUUUUCUUAAAUAUUUAUGAACUAAAUUGAAAUACUCUAAAACCUCAUACUAUUUCUGCACAGUGACUUCAACUUUCUGCCCCCUUCCAUCUUCAAAUACAAACCUAUUUAAUUUGAAGAUGGCUGUAUUUGGGUUGUAGUGCCAUGUAGUCCAGACUACAACCCAGAAGACAGCCGUUUGGACUCACCACCGUGAAAACCUUAAAUCCUACUUAGUAUUUAAUUUCUUUGUAAAUUGUGUGGUGUGUUGUACUUUACUGAAUGAAAUUAAUACAGUAAUUUUAAUAAUUUGCCAACAAAAUUCAAAAUCCUCUGGCCAUGCCAAGAACCUUUCUUGAGGGUAUCAGAACAAUUCCUAUAUAAAUGUAACUUUCUAAGAAAAGAUAGUAUUUCUGGUCACUGUAAUCUGUGUCAUCCAUUGAUGAGACUAAAUGCCCUAUAUGAAAUAUUUUCCAUAAACUACAACUGCAUAAUGGGUAAUAGAUGGUCUUAGUUUUGUGGAAAUACAAUAUUCAUACAGGACUGAUUUCCAGAAUUUUAUAUACAUAUUCAUAAUAGCAGUUCUUUGUUCACAGUAAGGAGAUUAGAAGGCUUAUUUAAAAUCUUGUUACGUCACAGUUCACUAAUGUUCUACUUGUUUGUGGUGAUACUAGUAAAGUGAACUGUCGUCAGUCUUGUAUGGAUUGGUAUCUUAACAACAGUUGACAUAUCUAUUCAGUUCCACAUUUACCGUCAGCAGAAGUCACUAUUAUUUCAUUCCAUUAAGAUUAAUUUAUGACAUCUAGUGUUUAAUAGUGAAAUAAUAACUUAAAUCAUUGCAUUGUAGGGAAUGGUUCUGUUAGACUUGCCAGAUAUCUCUCUCCUUUUCUUGUGUCCACUGAACAAUUUCCAAGAUAUUAUAUUACCAGGCAAUAUAGAAUGUGUUGGUCCUUGUGAUUCCAUCUGCCAUGCAUUUGAAGUGAUGUUCUAAUGUUUUCUAGUCCUGUGUGUAAAUUUUACUUCUAGGUCUCUGUCCAAAUUCAGAUUUUAAAAGAACAUUUUCUGCCAUGGUGUGGUGUCUUAACUCUGUGCUGCCGCUAAAUGUCUGCAUUGCUCUGAAAAUUGCUUUGUACAAGUUUCUCUCUUCUAAGAUCUAAGAUCAUCUUCUUCUAGUUAGUGUUGUCUUGUGUAUUGUCUUUUUUUCUGAUGGUUCAUAAGUCUUAAAUUGGAAAUUGAUCAUAUGAUUAUCUCAUUAUUACACAUUAUAAGUUUCAACUGGGCUUAAAUAAUAACAUUUCUACUUGGUCUCUCAGUUCUUUAUAAAAGUAUAAAGUGUUGUUGCUUUGCAGUUAUCAGUUCUAAUCAUCUGAGACUUCUUAUUUUGUUCCAUAUUGAUAUAUAGUAAGUUCUUUCUUCUUCCUGUUUGCGCCAGUUGCGUGUUGUCUUUGAUAAAUCUAGUUUGCCAUUUCGCAGAACUUCUGUAUUUAAAAGUCUUCCAAUGUAUGAUACUUAAGGUCUUCAUGGCAGUUCAUUUUCAUUGUAGAUUCUCUUAGCCUUUUUUAAUGUGAUGAGUAUAAUUUUAACCAGGUAUUUCUUAUAAAUAUUGGGCAUUAAAAUCCUGUCCCAAGAGAGUUCUUUUAAUUUCCUUAAAACACAGAAUUAUAAAACGAGUCUUUAAGUUGUUGGUAUCAAGUUCAAGUUGAAAUUAAGUGAGAUUAUCUUGCGCUUGUUUUCAUAAAGACAUGAUAGUGUAGGUACGUAAUGUUUUUACCUUUUAUUACAGUAUGAUUUCAGUUGUUUCUUAUGUUCCACGAGAAUAAAUUAUGGCAUAGGCAUUUGGCACAUGCUGAAAACACUGAGCUAUCACUGAAGUGCGUAUCUGAGGAGUUUCCUUUUGUAAUUGAUCUCUGCUCUGUGAUUCUGUUGGUUGUUGAAGUAAUGCGUAGGCCACCUAAUGAGUACCUUAGUUUCAAAAGAUUUCUUCAGACAUAACUGGAACUCAUAUCAUACUGAAAGUACUUAACAUGAAAGUACUUCGAAGUGCAAAUAUGAUAUAGCUAGUGGUACUGUAUGAAAUAAUAUUAAAACAAGAGUUAAUGAAGCCUUGAACUAAUGGUAUUUACAUGUGGGAGUAAGUGCAAAUGUGAAGGGGUUUUGAGAAGUCCACAUACUGUACCAUCAAAGUGAAUGUUUCAGGGGUGGGCUGUAGAGUGUGAAGAAUGACAAAAAGGACUACUUGUUUGUUGUACUAGAAUGUGAGUGUUUUUAAACUUUCUGACAAGAGAUACCCAUAGAGUAAAGCCAUCAUCCUUCCCCCAGUAUCAAAUGUUGUGGAUUGACCAAAAUGACAAAGCAAACUUUUUUAAUAUAUGUUCAUGUCUUUUUGCAAAUUGCAUACUAUCUGCAGAUGCGCAGCACUAAUUCCAAACCUUCGAUUCCAAAAAGUAAAAAACGAAACAAAAAAUACAGAAAUGGAACCAAUUGUUCUAUAGUAAAGGUUUUAGACUAUACAUGAGUGAUGUCCAUCUGAAAUACUAUUAUUGUUCCAUAUAUAAAUAUAUAUAUAUAUAUAAUUUAUACAUCUGUCAGGAUGUAUUUUAAAUGAAACUUAUAACUUGAAUGAAAGUGGAGUGAUUGUAAUAUUUUCUUUGCAAAUUGUUUUAAAUACACAUCUUGUGUGACAGCAAUCUUUGUGUUGGUGUUGGAAUGAAAGUUAUAUAUAAAAACACAAAAUCUUAUAUUGUAUUGGGACUUCAGUAUUUUUCACAAGGUUUCAUUUCCAACUGUGGAUGUGUCAGUAGUUGUGUGUGUCGUCUCUUCUCUUGUCCAGGUCAUUUGGUUGAUUCCCCAUUGUAAGCUCGUGCUAUUGGCGCAGGCUGGCCAGGCGACAAAAGCAACGACCGCCUGGCCUACCUGCUCUCCCAUUGCAGUGUGACAAUACAAGAACAAGAAAAGCAGCUGUUUAAAUAGUGCAUUUAUUUAUACUGAUUGUACCCUGCCACAUAAUGUGACUAAUUCCAUUGCUUCUGCAUAUUUCUUAAAGUGCUGUUUUUGAAACAUGAUAUGAUUUGCAGUGCUCUUUUAUAGUCGAUGGCAGUGCCGUGUUUGUUGCCCAGACCAUCAUAUUUAUAAGAAGCCUGUAGAAAAAUUACUCAAAGUCUCUAGGGACACAGAAAAUAAAUUAAUUGUGCAGAAGGCUUUGUUCAAGGAUCAGAUUUUUCUUAAGAACACAUAUUUUACACAUUUACAGGUACAGUAGGUCGUUUUAAUCUAAAAGUAUAAAUCAGUGUAUGAAGGUAUGACAUGAAUCCACGAAACUAAAUACUUGAUUAUUUACAGACUCCCAGUAAUAUUGCAAGGUGUUAUAUAUGGUUCAAACAAAAGUUGGUUGUCUCAUAGCGUUAGUCUGCAUGUGCACACUUGCACUUCCGAGUUACUUGUCUGCAGUACUAAUUGUAACUAAAGUGGUGCUGUAUUGAAAGUAAUGGUAAUGUAACAGUGUUCCUAUUUGCAAAUUGUUUAUUGUGAGACUUAAGUUUCCGAAAUCAGCCGCGUUGUGCCGUACACAAUCUCUUAAGUAUUUAGAGUAUUGAAAACUCUGCAAUAUAAUACUAGUAAUCCUUUGAAAAACUCUAUUCUUAGAGGUAUUCUUCCACCCCACUAAUGUUGCCACAUAAUUUUCUUUUAAAAGUUAAAUUGAUGAAGUAAGAUGUGGAAAAUGAAAAAUUAUUAUGUAUUGUAACAGUCCUGAGGUUGUAAAAGUGAAGUUAUUUCUUGCCAAGACUGAUGUUUUAAAUGUGAAUCUUAAAAGGAAUUUAUUCAAAAUUAAAGGUUUUUCAUGAAUGAUACUGACAUGAAAUGGAGAAUUUGAGUUAUAGAGCCUACAGGUUUCUCUGUAAUCAUAUUUAUUAUAAAAACUCACAUUUUCAUUUGUAACUUUGCAUGGUUUUUAUGUGCUGCCUGUAUUUUGAAUUUCUUAAAUAGGCAGUGUUGGGAAACAUCCCUAAUUCCAUCUUUAGCACAUAACGUUUUACAAGUUCUGACAUAAAAGAAGCACUACGUCAUAUAGUUCACAGGUACAUUUAUUCCUCUUUCCUUUACCCACGUACCUUCCUUGAAUUGUCAGUUUGUACCUUACGCCAUGUCUUGUGUCUGUUAAUUGAUUCUCUACAUUCUUGCUAUUAAACCAUUUCUUUCAUCCGUUUGCACUUCAAUGUAAUAUACUGACUACUUUUAAGAUAUUUGGGAAUAAAUACUGAAUUUCCUUAUUCUGAGAUAAAGACUUGCCAUCCUUUUCAAAGCCAAGUUACUUGCAUGUCAUCUUUGAUAAAAGUCUAUUGGAUUACUGUAAGACAUAUUGAAUUAUGUAACCAUUUUUUGAAUAACUGAAAAUCUAAUAAGUGAUUCAAGGUAAAGAAAAAAGCCAGGAGUACAUACCCAUAUGUUUUAGAGUUACCGUAAACCUGAUUUAAUUUAUAAUUAUAAAGAAGUCUGACUUAUAAAAGUUUGUUGCAACUACUUCCAGAAACAAAAUUAUGUAAUUGAAGAACAUACUAUUGUGUUUCAUAUAAUCCAGGACAUAUAAUUUUAUCAAUAUCCACAUUCCAAAAUUCCAGUGUGGGUUUCAUUUAUUGUGACUUGUAAAUACAAAUGGGGUCAUAAUUUGUUGAUGGUUGUGCACAAGAAAUAAAUUCAUAUUGUGUUUGACAGUU